AUGGCAGGGUCCCCCCGCCGCGCCGUGGAUCGGCGCCUGCAGCUACCUCUGCUGUGCCUCCUUUUCCAGGGCGCCACUGCCAUCCUCUUCGCGGUCUUUGUCCGCUACAACCACGAAACUGACACUGCCCUCUGGCACUGGGGCAACCACAGUAACGGCGACAAUGAAUUUUACUUUCGCUACCCAAGCUUCCAGGAUGUGCAUGUCAUGGUCUUUGUGGGCUUUGGCUUCCUCAUGGCCUUCCUGCAGCGCUAUGGCUUCAGCAGCGUGGGCUUCACCUUCCUCCUGGCCGCCUUCACCCUGCAGUGGUCCACACUCGUCCAGGGCUUCCUCCACUCCUUCCACGGUGGCUACAUCCACGUUGGUGUGAAGAGCAUGAUCAACGCUGACUUCUGCGCUGGGGCUGUGCUCAUCUCCUUUGGCGCCAUACUGGGCAAGACCGGGCCUGCCCAGCUGCUGCUCAUGGCCCUGUUGGAAGUCAUACUGUUUGGCAUCAACGAGUUUGUCCUUCUCAGUCUUCUGGGGGUGAGGGACGCAGGAGGCUCCAUGACUAUCCACACCUUUGGUGCCUACUUUGGCCUGGUUCUCUCACGAGUACUCUACAGGCCCCGACUGGAGAAGAGCAAGCAGCACCAGGGCUCUGUCUACCACUCCGACCUCUUUGCCAUGAUUGGGACCAUCUUCUUGUGGCUGUUCUGGCCUAGCUUCAACUCUGCGCCCACAACAUUGGGAGAUGGGCAACAUCGGACAGCCCUCAACACCUACUAUUCCCUGACUGCAAGCACCCUCAGCACCUUUGCCCUGUCAGCCCUCGUCGGAGGAGAUGGGCGCCUGGAUAUGGUUCACAUCCAGAAUGCAGCGCUGGCUGGAGGGGUUGUGGUGGGGACGUCAGGUGAAAUGAUGCUGACACCCUUUGGGGCUCUGGCAGCUGGCUUCCUGGCUGGGACUGUCUCCACGCUGGGGUACAAGUUUUUCACGCCCAUCCUUGAGUCAAAAUUCAAAAUCCAAGACACGUGUGGUGUCCACAACCUUCAUGGGAUGCCAGGGAUCCUGGGGGCCCUUCUGGGGGUCCUUGUGGCUGGACUGGCCACCCAUGAAGCUUAUGGAGAUGGCCUGGAGAGUGUGUUCCCGCUCAUUGCAGAGGGCCAGCGCAGUGCCAGGUCUCAGGCUGUGCACCAGCUCUUUGGGCUGUUUGUCACACUGACUUUUGCCUCUGUGGGUGCGGGGCUUGGAGGGCUCCUGCUGAAGAUGCCCAUCCUGGACUCCCCCCGAGACUCCCAGUGUUUCGAGGACCAGAUCUACUGGGAGGUGCCAAGGGAGCAUGAGGAUGAAGCCCAGGGACCUCUGAGGACCGAGGAACCAGACACUCGGGCCUAA